CGUGGAUGCAGUGCGGAUCGAUAUCAAAACCAAGAGCAGCGGAAGGCGCUGCGGAACAAAUUUCGACACACAAAAUUUUUGUACCCCACAGUUGAGCCAAAAAAUCUGCAGAAAAUUCGAAGGGAUUCGCGUAUCCAGCAAAUCGAGAAUAUAAAAGGAAGUUACAUAAAUAGAAAAAGGAAUAAACUGGUGACAAAAGUGCGUUUAAUGAAUAAACACCAUCUCGAAAUUGUGUAAGAUAAAAUCAGAGUGACUUGAAAAUCCGUUCCCCCAAAUCAAAUCAAUAGUUCCAAUCAAUACUUAUAAAUAAUUAAUUGCUGUGCCUGAGUUUUAUUGAGAGCUGGUCGUCAGUUGGGGUCAGUAAAAAGAGACUCGCUGUGGUAGCACAGAAAAAUUUUCGCCUAAAACUCUCGACAUGCAGUGAAAAUUUUUCCGAUUUUUAGUAUGUACAUGUACGUUGACACGCUCGUGGGCGCUCUAGCAGUAUCGGAGGGCAGGGGUAUCCGGCGAGCUUUCGGCCCCACCACCAACCCCACAGCCGCAGCCACAACCACCCCCAUCAGCCCCAUUCGCGGUCAGCCAUCGACAUCUGGCUGCUGCUGCUAACGGUUCUGUGACACGAUACAAAACGGCCAACGGCGGCGAAAUGUGCGCGUUAGGAAUCAAUUUGCCAAACAUUAUGCAAAUCAAGUGUACAAAAUGCCAAAAACUCAAAGAGUUCUGCAAUAAGCAUCACGAAAUCAGGCGAAAUUAAUAAAUAAUCCCCGUGCUAACAGUGGCAGAACAGUGGUCAGAGUGUAACAGUGACAGUAACAGAGCAAUAACAGCCGCAGCCAACUUCGCUCGGCCGAGCUUUCACUCUCUCGCGCUCUCUCAAUGAAAGUUGGAAGCGCGGAUAAAAUUCCAGAGUGUAGUAAUAUUGUGGACACGACAGCACAGGACACGACACCAAUACAAGGACGCGCGAAAAGCUCCCGCUCAAGGACUGGAAUACGUAUACGCAACGGAGCACAAGGCGACAUUUUACGUUUUACGCGCGCAACGUGCGUAUAUCAACGUGUGCACUAGUGUGCGUGUGCGUGUGAAUGAAGGCGCCAAGUGCAACAUAUCAGCCCCAACCCCAUCUCCAAUAUGCACUCGCUCCAAUGACAGCCAGGCACAUGGAGAACGACCACACCAUGGAUAAGGAUAAGAACCAGCAUCAAGCUGCUGAGAUGCUGCACAGUCCGCGGCUCGCAGCCCCAGCCGCAACCAGCUCCUCCUCCCCUAGCGCUGACUUGAUGUUCAACAAGGCUCGGCGCCGUCGAAGAGACCCCCUCCCAGAGCGCAGCCUGCCGCCUCACUGUGCCCCGCUGGUCGUUGAGUACCGACGCUCCUACCGAGUGCUGAUUGUCACCGCCUUGCUGGUGAGCCUAGCGGCCAGCUUUGUGACCAUCAGCGCUGGCUUCCAGCUGGACGGCUCGCAGAGCUCGUUUUACACCUUCAGGAAGUGGUACACCGGCCUGAACGGCACCCUCGAGCUGGAGUUCAAGACGGAGCAGCCAAAUGGAUUGGUGCUAUACACCGAUGAUGGCGGCACCUAUGACUUCUUCGAACUGAAACUUGUCGAGGGAGCGCUCCGACUGCGCUACAACCUUGGCGGGGGGGCCCAGAUCAUCACCGUUGGCCGCGAACUCCACGAUGGCCAUUGGCACAAGGUCCAGGUACUGCGCAACGACGACCAGACCUCGCUGAUUGUCGACGGUGUCUCGCAGCAGCGCUCCACCAAGGGCAAGGAGUUCCAGUUCGGAAAGUUUGCCAGCAACUCGGACGUCUAUGUGGGUGGUAUGCCCAACUGGUACAGCAGCAAGCUGGCAUUGCUGGCACUGCCCAGCGUAAUCUUCGAGCCGCGAUUCCGCGGCGCCAUCCGCAACCUGGUCUAUGCCGAUCAGCCUGGAGGCUCCACCAGGCGCCAAGAGAUCAAACAGCCGCGUGACAUCAAGUGCGGCGAUGCGCCCUGUGAUCACGGCGAGCUGCCUGCCCGGGAGAGGCCUCUGAGGGGUGUUCGAGGCAAUACAACGGAUGCCUGCGAAAGGAACGAUCCCUGCCAGCAUGGCGGCAUCUGCAUAUCCACUGAUUCCGGUCCAAUUUGCGAAUGUCGAAACCUCGAGUACGAUGGCCAGUAUUGUGAGAAGGAGAAGGCGCCAUCGGAAGCAACGUUCCGCGGUACACAGUUCCUCUCGUACGACUUGGGUCAGACGGGCGCCGAGCCCAUUGUGAGUGCCCAGGAUGCCAUAUCCUUCUACUUUCGCACACGCCAGCCGAACGGCUUGCUCUUCUACACGGGACACGGCACCGACUAUCUGAAUCUGGCCCUGCGCGAUGGCGGCGUCUCCCUGACGAUGGGCCUGGCCAACGGUAAGCAGGAGAUGCACAUCAAGCCCUCGAAGGUGCGCUUCGACGAUCACCAGUGGCACAAGGUUACCGUACACCGUCGCAUACAGGAGAUCUCGUCCAUAACCAGCUUCUGUCGGCUGGUUACUGUCGUGGACGAUGUCUACACGGAUCACUCGCACAUCGCUGGCAAGUUUACCAUGCUAUCCUCCUCGCGGGUCUAUGUGGGGGGAGCCGUCAAUCCGAGAGCCCUGCUGGGAGCCCGUGUGCACAACAACUUUGUGGGCUGUCUGCGCAAGGUGGAGUUCUCGGCGGACACGCUGAAUCUAAACCUGAUAGAUUUGGCCAAGAGCGGCUCCAAGCUGAUCCAGGUGGCUGGCAAUCUGGAAUAUCAGUGCCCCAGUGGUGAUCCCCAGGAUCCUGUGACCUUUACGACCCGUGAAUCGCAUUUGGUGCUGCCGCCUUGGGAGACUGGUAAGCAGAGCUCCAUCAGCUUCAAGUUUCGCACCAAGGAGCCCAAUGGCAUCAUUGUCCUGGCCACUGGCUCGAAGCAACCGCGCGCCAAGAACCCCGUGUUGAUUGCCAUUGAGCUGCUCAACGGACACAUCUACAUCCACCUGGAUCUCGGCUCGGGAGCCUCCAAGAUCAGAGCCUCGCGUCGCCGCGUGGACGAUGGGGACUGGCACGACCUGAUUCUCCGCCGGAACGGACGCGAUGCCAAGGUGAGCGUGGACGGGGUCUGGAACGAUUUCCGCACGCCUGGAGACGGAACCAUUCUCGAGCUGGACGGGCACAUGUACCUGGGCGGAGUGGGGCCGGCCUACAAUAGUGUAGCCUGGCCGGCGGCCAUCUGGACGGCCACACUGCGUCAAGGAUUCGUGGGCUGCUUGCGUGACCUGGUGCUGAGUGGCAAGGCAAUCGAUAUAGCCGCCUUUGCUCGCGUUCAGGAUUCGGCCUCCGUCAAGCCGUCGUGCCAUGUGCAGGGAAAUGUGUGCACCGGCAACCCCUGCCUCAACGGUGGCACCUGUCUCGAGGGCUGGAACCGCCCCAUCUGCGACUGCUCGUCCACCCUCUUCGGCGGACCCACCUGCGGCCGGGAGCUGGCCACCGUGGCCUUCAACGGGAGCCAGCACAUGACCAUCUGGCUGGGCAACGGACAGGGAACCAAGACGCAGACCGAGGAGCUGGUAAUACGGUUCAAGACGUCUCGUCCGGCUGGCUUGCUCCUGCUAACCAGCGCCGAGUCCAACUCCCCGGACCGCCUGGAGAUCGCCCUUGUGGCGGGUAGAAUUCGUGCCAGCGUGCGGCUCAGUGAUAGGGAGAAGAAUCUCCUGGCUGGCCAGUCCGUGCUCAAUGACAAUAAUUGGCACACCAUCCGGUUCUCGCGCCGGGCGUCGAAUCUGCGGCUACAAGUCGACGGGGCUCCCCCCGUCAGGGGUAUGUUAUCCGAAACGAUCCUGGGACGCCACAGCACCAUGGAGAUACGUUCCAUCCACCUGGGCGGUCUCUUUCAUGCCGAGGAGGAGAUCCAGAUGACCUCGACCAUGCCGAACUUUGUCGGGCAAAUGCAGGGCUUUGUGUUUAACGGACAGCGCUAUUUGGACAUUGUGAAGAGCCUGGGACCGGAGUUGUCGGCUCUUCCGAGCGCCACCUUCAAGCUCACAGCCCGCUUUGUGAACUCGCCAGCCGGACAGCCCUAUCACGCGGCCACCUUCCGCUCCAAGCACUCUUACGUGGGCCUGGCCAUGCUCAAGGCGUACAACAGCAUCUCUAUUGACUUCCGCUUCAAGACGGUGGAGCCGAACGGGCUGCUGGUCUUCAACGGGGGUCGUCGCAGCGAUUUCGUGGCCGUGGAGCUGGUGAAUGGCCACAUCCACUACACCUUCGACCUGGGCGAUGGCCCGGUGACCAUGAGGGACAAGUCCCGCAUCCAUAUGAACGACAACCGCUGGCAUCAGGUCAGCAUCAGGCGGCCCGGACCCAAGACCCACACGCUGACCGUUGACGACUCCUUUGAGAUCAUCACCCUGACCGGCAAUAAUAUGCAUCUGGAGCUAGCCGGCAUCCUCUACAUAGGAGGCGUGUUCAAGGAUAUGUAUUCAAAGCUGCCCGCCUCCAUAUCUUCCCGUUCCGGCUUCGAGGGCUGCCUGGCCUCGCUGGAUUUGGGCGAUGCCUCGCCCUCGCUCACCAGCGAUGCGGUGGUACCGAGCUCUUUGGUGGUCAGCGGCUGCGAGGGACCCACCAAGUGCAGCCAGAACGCCUGCGCCAAUCGGGGAGUGUGCGUGCAACAGUGGAAUGCCUAUGCCUGCGAGUGCGACAUGACCUCGUACACAGGACCCACAUGCUAUGAUGAAUCCAUUGCAUAUGAGUUUGGCAACAACAAAGGCAUGGUACAGUACACCUUCCCCGAGAACGCCCAGGCAGACACCGAGGAGGAUAAUGUGGCCAUGGGCUUCAUAACCACCAAGCCGGAUGCAGUGCUUCUGCGCAUCGAGAGUGCCACCACCCAGGACUACAUGGAGCUGGAGAUAGUCGAGGGCAACAUCUUCAUGGUGUACAACAUUGGCAGCGUCGAUCUGCCUCUGGGCGAGAUCGGAACCAAGGUCAAUGAUAAUUCCUACCACGUGGUGCGAUUCCAGCGCAAGGGCGGCAACGCCACCCUCCAGCUCGACGACUACAAUGUGCAGGCACUGACACCGCAGAGCCACCAUUCGACCGUUUUCAAUACCAUGUCCAAUGUCCAAGUCGGCGGCAAGUUCAGUCGCAACGGCCGCAGUCGCAUCGAGCGGCCGUUCGCUGGAGUCAUUGCCGGACUCUCGGUGAACAAAUUGCGCAUCUUGGAUUUGGCCGUAGAGCGCGACCCACACAUCACCAUUCGAGGAGACGUUCAAUUGGUAACUGGAGUAUUAGAUAGAAAUGAUCUGCAGAGAAUGCAGCAGACUUUGAACUCUACUCGACAGACGCCGGCCAGCGGCUAUCCCGGCACCAUUGACGAUCUGAUCUUCUCCGGGGCCGGGUCCGGAUGCCGCGGCGACGACGAGGACGAGUGCACACCGCCCUUCGAGUCGGGCAGCGGCGAUGACCUCAUCACGCCCGUGUAUGUGCCACCCACCAAGCAGACAACCACCUCACAGCAGGGCGGCAAUCCGAGCACCGGCAAUAAUGGUAAUGGGAGUGGCACUGGCGGUAGCAGCAACAACGGCACGGAGCGGGCCUGCGAUGACGAGGACUGCGUGCACGGCUCUGGGGACUACGGGGAGACCACGGAACAGUUCACGUCGACCAGCACGGCCAGAGGCGCAGAGACCAACAAUGAGAUGGUUACGGCCACCACCACGGGACGCAGCGAUGUGACCACAGAGCAGCAGCAGCUGCACGGCUCCAGCAGUGGCAGCACGCCCACCUACAUAACCACCCAAUCGAGCGGCGGAAGCAGCAGCAGCAGCAGCAGCAGCGGGGGCAGCAGCAGUAGUCCUCCGAGCCAGACGAGCACCACCAGCAGCGUGGGAUCCACCUCCUCGACGCAACGAGCCACAAGCAGCAGUACGAGCAGUAGCCCGAGCACAACCAUCACCACCACGACGACAACCACGACGCAGGCCACGCCACCACCGGAGAUUAGGAGCACUGUCACCGAGCGGGAAACAACGCCCUUCGAUAUCUACGUGGCCGGAGGUGGCAUGGGUGGUUCUGGCAGGAACGAUCACGAUCGCAUGCAGUUGCCGGACGAGCACCACCCAUUGCCCCCGCUUCCGCCACCAUUGCCGCCGCAGGAUCCACCUCCGUACGGACCCUAUGGCGGCAAUACGUAUAAUACGAACGUGAACAACUACCGGCCCAAGGCCAAGGGCGGCCGCAUCAACUCGAUCGAGGAGGAGCGCACGGCCAUGAUCAUCGGCAUUGUGGCCGGCAUUCUCAUAGCCGUCGUCCUGGUCAUUCUCCUGGUGCUGUGGCUCAAGUCGAACGGGGAUCGCGGCUACAAGACGGAGAGUGAGAAGGCGGCCGCCUACGGAUCACACAACCCCAACGCCGCGCUGUUGGGCAACACCAGCACCAAUGGAUCCUAUCACCAGCAGCGCCAGCACCAUCAGGGUGCGGCCGGAGGGCAGCAGCAGCUCCAUGGCCAGCAGCAAAUGCACAAUGGACACAACGGCAACGGCAAUGGCGGCGGCGGCGGCGGCGGAGGAGGAGGAGGAGGAGGUGGCGGCAUGAUGUCCAGCGGCAGCGGAUCCCUGGGCUACGGCAGCGAUGGCAGGCCCCAGAUGGCCGGUCUCGUACAGCCAAAAGCCAAGAAGCGCGACUCCAAGGACGUCAAGGAGUGGUAUGUGUAAGGUACAACAAGGAAACGGAAACGGAAACAGGAGCGAGGAAUUAUCGUCAAAUUAGCAAUAAAAUGCAAGUAGUGCAAAGCGAGCCGAAAGUGAAAGUCCCCCCUAAGAAAAUAAUACCCCACAUGUGUACCCAUAGAUGCAUACAACCACAUAUACCUAUAUAUAUAUACAACUAUAAAUAUAAAUAUAUAUUUAUUUAGCAGCCUCAUAACGUUAAUUAAAUGCAGACUCAGUCAGAAGUUUGAGUGAAGUGUGGAGUGUGACCGGAGUGUACAAAAGAAUGGAAGGAUAAUAAGAGAAGCAACAUGCGCGAGUCGGGUCGGUCGUUUCUGCUGGAUAUAUUAAUAAUGUCAGCUGGCAGAUAUACACUUUGGAAGCGCAUCUAAUUUAUUAGCGGCAAUACCAAAGUAAACUUUAAAUAAUGCCUAAAAAAUUAUAGCUUCAAACUCAAGACUUGCUAAAGAUCUACAGCCACAGAGCCCCAACCAUCAGCGUAUAAGCAUAUGUACUACACUAUAUAUACCACAUAUAAAUAUAUACAUAUUAUAUAUCACUACGUUAUGAUAAAUUAUGCCACUAGCCAAUCAAGUAAUUGUGUAAAAUAUUUCGCCACAAAGUACGCUACGAAACGUGUCAAGAAAACAAUUAAACUGCAACAAAUCUACUAGAAAAGCCACUAAACAAUUUAGAAGAAAUUCAAUAUAAUACGAUUAUAUGUAAAACUAAUUACAAAUAUAUAUAUUUAUAUACAUACGUAUAGAGUACAUUAAAUACAUAAAAUAAUGAGGUUCUGUAUGGGUUAUUUUCCUUUGCCUAGGCAGCGUGUAAAGUAACAAAAUGUGGUGCUGUAGAUGUGUUCCUCCCUUCCCGGAUCGGAUCGGGUUGGGACGGGGGAAUGCGUUUACAAUAAUGAUAACGAUGAAUGCAAGAAUUUAAGCUACAGAUUGUUUGUUGAAUUGAAAACGGCUUUAAUUAGUUAAAUUGUAAAUGUGAAUCGAAUUCGAUUAACAAAAUGCUGAGAAUGCAAACAUGGAGAUUAGUAUGUAUUAAAAACAAACGUGAAUCGAAAUCAAAAUCGAUUCACAAAAUGCUGAGAAUGCAAACAUGGAGAAUAGUAUUAACAAUGAUCGUAAUACACAAAAAAUACACGAGACAAGACACUCGAUUUUGGUUGACGUACUACUACGUAUAUGCGUGAGGCGACUUUUUCGUUUGCGUGCAGCGUUCGCGAUGCGACUUUGAGUUGGUCCCAACCAUUCCCAGACCCACAUAUAUACUUUUUAAUAUGUAUAUGUAUUUGAGACUAUAUAUUGCCAGUGACUUGUAUGCAGUAUGAACUCAGACAUAUCAAGUGACAAGACACCAGAACACCACACUCUAACACACACACACACACACUCUAUGACACAACACACUCUUUGACACUGAAGCGAACCUACCUAGCUUUUUUACAACAACUGCUAUCAGAUGUGAGCGAAAGACAUUACUUUACUGAAAGAACAAACCGGAAAGGAAUGAACAACCAAGCAACAAUUUUACAGUAUUAAAGCAGCUUUAAGCGUAUUUUUCGAGGCGGCAUACGUGACGUAUACACAAUCAGCAGCAGCAGCCAGCACACAAGCAUGCUUACACCCACACAGAUACUUUCACACACACACACAUGCACAACACAGUUAGGAGCGAGAUUUCUUUGUGUUUUUGUUUUUUUUUUUUUUGGUAACUGUAUCAUGUAUACUCUAGCAUACAUAUAUGCAUAAUCACAUAUGUAUGUAUAUCAUUUGGACUCUAUAUACAAGACAACUUAUAUACACUUACU